AUGAUUCUGUUACAGAUCAGCAUCGGGGUCUGUGUAAAUAUAUUUCUCCUCCUAUUUUAUGCUCACGUGGUCUCUGCCACUCACAAACUGAGCCCGUCCGAUUUAGUCCUCUCCCAGCUGGUCUUAGCCAACACCAUCAUUCUCCUCACCUUUGGGGUCACGGAGACACUGUCUGCUUGGGGCCUGAAAAAAUUCCUGGAUGACGCUGGAUGCAAAAUCCUCAUGUACUUGUACCGGGUGGCCCGGGGCCUGUCGAUCUGCAGCACCUGCCUCCUGAGCGUCUUCCAGGCUGUUACCAUCAGCCCCGGGACCUCCCGGUUGGCUCGGAUCAAAGCCAGGUUACCCAGGUGCAUCGUCCUCUCCUGCCUCUUGUCCUGGGGUCUCAAUAUGCUGAUAGAGUUUGAUACUCUGAUGAACAUAACAUUCCCUCGGAACAGCAAUAGCGUUCACAUUAUACUGGACCUCAAAUAUUGCACUAAAGUUAGUGACAAUGUGGAAACCACCCUGCUUAUAGCCAUAGUUUUCUCCCUCCGUGACCUCGUCUUUGUGGGGCUCAUGAGCUUGGCCAGUGGCUACAUGGUGUUCAUCCUGCACAGGCACCACCGUCGGGUCCGACACCUCCAUGCGCCCAGACGGUCCACCAGGGCGAUGCCCGAGGUCAGGGCGGCCAAAAGAGUGGUAGCCCUGGUCGCCCUCUACGUCCUCCUCUACGGGCGGCAGACCAUCCUACUCAGCAUUAUAAUGAACACGAGGGAGAAUUCUCCUCUUCUGGUGAGGAGCCACACAGCGUUGGGAUUCACCUUCUCAGCGGUGAGUCCAUUCCUCAUUAUUUCCAGUGACAGGAGAAUGAGGACAUUCUGGAAAAAAGACUACCCUGUUUGCAGUAUGGAUAGGUAA